AUGGGUGUCAAGGGCUUUGUCGAAGGAGGUAUUGCUUCAAUUAUUGCUGGAUGCUCCACUCAUCCUUUGGAUCUAAUCAAGGUCCGUAUGCAACUCCAAGGCGAAAAUUUACCAAACCCACAACAAGUUCACAAUCUCCGCCCUGCUUAUGCCUUCAACUCCGCUGCAAUCCCUCAUAAUUCCGUCCAUGCCCCUCCCCCACCUCCACCGCCGCGUGUGGGACCAAUUUCAGUCGGCGUCCGCAUCGUCCAGGCAGACGGUGUUGCCGCUCUCUUCUCCGGCGUCUCCGCCACCGUCCUCCGCCAGACUCUCUACUCCACCACACGCAUGGGACUCUACGAUAUUAUGAAACAAAAAUGGACCAAUCCGGAGACAGGAAACAUGCCGUUGUUGAACAAAAUAACUGCCGGUUUAAUCGCCGGUGGGAUCGGAGCGGCUGUUGGUAAUCCAGCUGAUGUGGCAAUGGUUAGAAUGCAAGCUGACGGACGUUUACCUGUGUCCCAGCGGCGGAAUUAUAGCGGCGUGAUUGACGCCAUCACGAGAAUGUCGAAGCAGGAAGGUGUUACUAGUCUGUGGCGCGGGUCAUCUCUUACAGUGAACCGUGCGAUGAUUGUUACAGCAUCGCAAUUGGCAUCGUAUGAUCAGAUAAAGGAAAUGAUUUUGGAGAAUGGAUUGAUGAGGGAUGGGUUAGGAACUCAUGUGACGGCGAGUUUUGCGGCGGGUUUUGUGGCGUCGGUGGCGUCGAAUCCGGUGGACGUGAUUAAGACUAGGGUUAUGAAUAUGAAAGUGGAACCAGGUAAAGCUGCGCCUUACAGUGGAGCUAUUGAUUGUGCAAUGAAGACCGUGAAAGCUGAAGGGGUCAUGGCCCUUUAUAAGGGGUUUAUACCUACAAUUUCAAGGCAGGGUCCUUUUACGGUGGUUUUAUUUGUGACUCUUGAGCAAGUUAGGAAGUUGCUCAAAGAUUUCGAUUUCUAA